CGAGAGAGUCUCCGGAGAGAACAACGGGCUCAUUCUGCGUGCGGCAGCGAGGGGGAGAGGCAGAGCCGCGCGGGCAGUGGCCAGCCGGGAGAGGGGCGCCCCGCCAGUCUACUCGCCUGCCUGCCUCCCGCGGGAUUCCGGCCGGCUCGGCGGCACUCAUGGCGCGGUCUGCGGGGCAGAUGCUGCUGCCACUGCUCUGCCACCUGGGGCUGGUCUCCACCUUCAACCUGGACACGGAGAAUGUGGUGGCGUGGAGCGGCGAGUCUGGCAGCCUCUUCGGCUUCUCCCUGGCCAUGCAUCGGCAGCUGGAGCCGCAGGACCGGAGGCUAUUGCUGGUGGGAGCACCUCGACAGAGAGCUUUCCCAACGCAGCUAGCCAACAGAACAGGAGGGUUGUACAGCUGUGACAUUUUGUUUCCCAAUGUGCCAUGCACACGGAUAAAAUUUGAUGAAAGAGACGAUCCAACAAAAGAAAGCAAGGAGGACCAAUGGAUGGGUGUAACAGUCCGAAGUCAAGGGCCAGGCGGGAAAGUGGUGACCUGUGCCCAUCGCUACGAGAAACGACAGUACGUAAACACGAUUCAGGAAACUCGAGAUAUCAUCGGAAGGUGUUAUGUCCUAAGCCAGGAUCUCACUAUCAAGGAUGACGGCAUGGAUGGCGGGGACUGGAGUUUCUGUGAUGGCCGGCUGAGAGGCCACGAGAAGUUUGGUUCAUGCCAGCAAGGAGUGGCUGCUACUUUUACCAGAGACCAUCAUUAUGUUGUAUUUGGGGCACCGGGCACCUACAACUGGAAAGGAGUGGUUCGGGCAGAGCAAAAAAAUCAGACAUUUUAUGACAUGGGUAUCUUUGACGAUGGGCCUUAUGAAGUUGGUGAUGAGAACAGCCGUGAUGAGAACCUAGUUCCUGUUCCUGCUAACAGUUACUUAGGCUUUUCCUUGGACUCUGGAAGAGGUAUAGUUUCUAAAGAAGAUAUGACUUUUGUUUCUGGAGCCCCAAGAGCAAACCACAGUGGAGCUGUUGUCCUGUUGAAAAAAGACCGUGCCACUCCGAGUGCUCUGUCCCUUGAGUACAUGUUCGAAGGCGAGGGGCUGGCUUCUUCAUUUGGCUAUGAUGUGGCAGUUGUAGAUCUCAACAAUGAUGAUUGGCAAGAUAUAGUUGUUGGAGCCCCACAAUAUUUUGACAGGGAUGGAGAAAUUGGUGGUGCUGUGUACGUUUAUAUUAAUCAACAAGGCAAGUGGGAAGGAGUAAAGCCAAUUCGGCUUAAUGGAACCACAGACUCCAUGUUUGGAAUUGCAGUGGAAAGUAUUGGUGACGUUAACCAAGAUGGCUAUCAGGAUAUAGCUGUGGGAGCUCCGUAUGAUGGUUUUGGCAAGGUGUUUAUAUAUCAUGGCUCCAGCAGUGGAAUAAAUACAAAACCAACACAGAUUUUAGAUGGCAAAGCCAACGAUGUCUCAUUCUUUGGUUAUUCUAUUACCGGAAACAUGGAUCUUGACAGAAACUCCUAUCCUGAUAUAGCUGUUGGGUCACUUUCGGAUACUGUGUCUGUUUACAGAUCAAGGCCGGUAGUGAGCAUUAAUAAAACCAUCAAGAUAUCUCCAGACAGAAUUGACCUAAACAGAAAAAACUGUCUUGAGCCCAGUGGAAUUUGCAUAAAUGUUGAAGCAUGUUUUGAAUAUACAGCUAGUCCGAGUGAUUUAAACCCCCAAAUAAUUCUGGACUAUACACUGGAAGCAGAAAACGAAAGGAGACGACUGGGUUUGCCAUCUAGAGUGCAGUUUGAGAAACGCCACUCGGAUCAGUUCAGUGGAAGUGUGACUCUGGCAGGACAGAAGAGGCAAAAGUGUGUGACCAACAUGCUUGUACUGCAGGAAAAAAUUAAGGAUAAACUACGUCCUAUUCCUGUAACGGUUGGCGUCAGAAUUCAAGGGUCUGACUCCACAACGCAACCCAGCAGGAGGCAAGGAAGGUCACUUCCAGAUCUUGUUCCCAUAUUAAACUCAAAGGAACCAAAAACAAUUAAUUCAGAAGUGCAGUUCGUAAAAGAAGGUUGUGGAUCAGACAAUAUAUGCCACAGCAAUCUGAAGCUCCACUACAGAUUCUGCACCAGAGAAGGAAGUGAAGAGAGAUUUGCUUAUUUGCCGAUUGAGAACGGUAUUCCAGUGCUUGUCCUGAAAGACCAGAAGGAUAUUGCCCUCGAAAUCACAGUGACAAACAUCCCAUCGGAUGCAAGAAAUCCCCAGAAGGAUGGUGAUGAUGCGCAUGAAGCUAAAUUAAUUGCUACCUUUCCGGACAGCUUGACUUACUCUGCCUUCAGGGAGUCGAAAAGCUUUCCAGACAAACAGCUGACCUGCGGAGCCAAUCAAAAUGGCUCUCAAGUAGAAUGUGAACUUGGAAACCCUUUCAAAAGAAAUUCUACAGUUACAUUUUAUGUAAUUAUAAGUACAACUAAAGUCAACGUUGAUACACAGGAUUUGGACAUUAAUCUGAAACUGGAAACAACAAGCAAUCAACUUAAUUUGGAUCCAAUUAUUGCUAGAGCUAAAGUAGUUAUUGAAUUGCUUUUGUCACUGACAGGGGUUGCAAAGCCUUCCCAGGUGUAUUUUGGAGGCAAUGUCGUUGGUGAAAGUGCUAUGAAACAUGAAGAUGACAUGGGUAGCUUGAUAGAAUAUGACUUCCGUAUAACUAACUUGGGCAAGCCGCUUAAAACAUUUGGUACUGCUUCCUUGGAUAUCCUGUGGCCCAAAGAAAUUAAGGGAGGCAAGUGGCUGCUGUAUUUGGUGUCAAUAAAGUCAAAAGAAUUAGGAGAACUUCAAUGUGAACCACAAAAUGAAAUAAACCCUAUAAGAAUUAAGACAUCUAGAAGUUCAAGGAAGAAACGUGAAGUUGCAGAGAAGCAGACUGAUGGUAGCAAAAGCUUUUCUUUGUUUUCAGAAAGAAAAUACAAGAUUUUGGAAUGUAAUGGCGAGGCAAAUUGUGUUGUCAUAAGCUGUCCCUUGCAGGAUCUGGACAGUAAGGCAUCUGUAGUGUUGCGUUCAAGACUCUGGAACAGCACUUUCUUAGAGGAAUAUUCUAAACUCAACUAUGUAGAUAUUCUCCUUAAAGCGAAAAUAAACAUUGCAGCUCCUGCAGAUAAUAUUAAGCUAGUAAAUGAAGCUACUCAGGUGCGGGUCACUGUAUUUCCUGAAAAGACAGUAGCAUUGUAUAAAGGGGUGCCUUGGUGGAUCAUCUUAGUAGCCAUUCUUGCAGGAUUGUUAAUGCUUGCUUUUUUGGUAUUCUUACUAUGGAAGUGUGGUUUCUUCAAGAGAGAUAAGAAAGAUCAUUAUGAUGCCACAUAUCACAAGGCUGAGAUCCAUACUCAGCCAUCUGAUAAAGAGAGGCUUACUUCUGAUGCAUAGUAUUGAUCUACUUCUGUAAUUGUGUGGGUUCUUCCAGCGUUCUAGGUACGAUGACAGUGUUCCCCGAUACCAUGCUGUAAGAAUUCGGAAAGAGGAGAGGCAGAUCAAAGAUGGGAAAACUAAAGAGAAUCAUUCAAAAAAGCAGUGGAUCACAAAAUGGAAUGAAAAUGAAAGUUACUCCUGAGGAUUCCCCCUGUAAUGAAGGCUUAAUUGUUUUAAAAUGCCUUUGAUUUACACGAUGGAUGGAUAAAGAACUACAUACAGCAAAAGCUGCCUUUUGUAGAUACUGUCAGUUUAUGUCAAAGCCUUUUGUUUUACAGAACUAAAUUUAAAGACUAAAGAUAACCAGUAUGCAUUAUUUAAAAUUUCCAGUUUUAAAAAAGACUGUAUUCUUCUUCAGUCUUUGAGUUAAAAAGCAAGCCUGCCCAAGCUUUUAUAUUAUUUUUUGCAGUGAGCAUACAUUAUGCCCAUAGAACCAGGAGCCAUUUUAAUCAGGAGCAGAAGGGUGCAACUUCCCUAAACAAAGAAAAGAGAAUUAAAGACUAUUUCAUUACUGUGUAUGUUUUGUUUCUCCAAACUAAUUUUCAGUUCAAAUUCAAACCAUCUGUCAGGAAGGUUAGCCUGCAAAUAGUCAUAUUAUGAUUUGGACUGCUUUACCACUCUUUGGCAUGUAGUCCAUCCCUCUUGAUGGGUCCAUCCCCUCCCCAUCUUUGCAGCUGGAAUGCUGGUUGCCCUAUUGGCUGCCUGCCAAGCUUCUCCUCUCCCUUCCUGCAAAGACAAGCAGCUGAGAGCCCAUUCUCAGCUCAUCAGAUUUGUUUGGCAAGGACUUGUUGCCUAGCUGUACCUUAAAGAGAGAUUUAGUGGUUCAUUCAGUCUCUUUUUCUCCCCUGCCUGAGUUUGAACUGCAUAAAGGUCUUGCCUCAGCUUUUUGGACUUUGCUCUUUUGUCCAGAGCAGCAUACUUUUAGCAGCCAGACCCCACCUGAAUGGAAGAUACUGAUACAGUUUCCUAACUAGGGGGUGUUCUGCAAUGCAGUUCAUUAAUACUUGUUAUUUAAAUGGGUGUGUUCAGGAGGGAGAUGUCCACAUGCUUUGAGUUCCACUUUUUUAUUGGGGAUAGUAGUAUGCCAGGCUACUUAGAAGUUCUAGGGGGGGGGGGAUGAGACUCUUCAUGUAAAAUAUAUGCUAUAAUUUCUUCCCUUGCCCUAGAUGUGGACAAGCCUGCCUUGUUUUUUUCACUGGCGACAGGCAAGGCACUGAUUGUGGAGCUUGUUUUUCUUGUUGUCUGAGGGGCAGUGACAUUCUAAAAUGUGGCUUCUCAAAGCUAUUAAGAUGUCAUACUAAGUUGCCAGACUUGGGAAAUGUUCUCUCCAAUCCCAGACAUGUAAGUUGAUUACUCAGUUGCAAGAGGUGCUCUGCACAUGUUCAGAAGUUAUGAUGUCUUUUUUCUUGAACCUGACUCAUGGUAUUGCAAAUAGGAUCUAAUACCAAGCUCCAGAGUCCUCCCGCCCCCAGCCAAUGAAGCCUGAAAUGUCCCCUGAAAUGCUGCUCCUGUGAGAUGAGGGACCCCAGGAAUAGCUGAGCGGGGCAGCUGGAGAUGUGCCACAGGAAGAGGGAAUCGGCAACAUCACCCCCCUGUGCAUGUAGAAAUUUUGAUCUUGCUCAUUAAUCUCUGUCCACAUAACUCAUUCUUUCAAUUUUAGGGAAAGAAGUGGUUUAGAUUUUGAGGGUGUGAAUAAAAAAUCUCUCAGCCACAUGCAACUAAGAUUGUUUGCUGACAUUUUACAUUCUUUAAUUGUUGCUUUGUCUGUUGUUAAUGGAUAUGUAUGUACUCACUUAGAAGUGCAAGGAUUUAUGAACUUAUGCCAUAAGGUAUGGCUUAGUUUUAAAAAGGUGCUGGGACUCAACUUUGGACGUCAUACUCAUGCCCUCACCUUGAAGCCAUUUUCCCAAUCCAUGGGUGUGUCCAAAACAGCUGGUGUUUCUUGGUGGAGUAACUAAGGGCCACUGAGGGUACAUAGGGGGGUUGGCUCCCCCCAUCCCGCCAGAAACUUGGAAUUUCUACACCUGUUGAUUUCUUGUUCCAGGACUCUUGUGUAGCCAUGGUAGUUAGGGAAAGUGUGAUAUUAAAUGUGCAAUAGGUCAUGUUUUGAUGUUCUUUGUAAAAUCAAUUUGUGUGAAUCCGUUGCUCACGCCAAAUACACACAGGUUUUUUAAAGCUUGAAUAUUGGUUGUACUUUUUGUAUAUACUGCAAGUCAUUCUUAUAUAUUUAUUUUUUACCAUGAAUCUUUGUCUUUGACUCAUUGUUAAGCCAAAGAUUUUUAACUGAAUCCUAAAACUAGUGAACAAUAGCAUAUAAUAGUGUAGUGAUUAAAACUGAACACUUUUCACCAAAUGUGCCAACAUUUUGAAUUUCAGUGACAAACAUUCUCGCAAAGCUCUUUACAUAGUUCUGAUCAUGUAGUAUGGAAUUACCGCAUCUUCUAAAUAAUUUGUGCACUAAUGCAUACUUACAGAUGUUUUAUCUAUAGAAGUUUUAUAUGACUAACUUAAUGGAAAAUAUGGCAGGUGCUUCUUGGGGGGUGAGGUGGGGGAAGAUUUUUUAGUUCUGAAUCUGGAGCAAGAUUAACUACUGCAAAUGUUACAGCACUUGAAACAAAACACAAGCUCCGAACUAUGGCUCUAUAAUGGUCCAAUGUAAGACUACUGAAUGUUUUAAAUUGUUAAGAAAGAAUUAGUUCUGUACACUUGUGUGUUUGAUAGUACUUGUGAUUGUAACAGAGGUAUUUGCAAUUUUUAAAAGCUACAUCUUAAAUUACUGGUACUGGUUAAAUAAAAAUAAAUAAUGCUGACGUUUACUGUAUUUGAAGCAAAAAAAAAUCUUCAGUGCGUGAUAUUGUCUGAGAAAGGAUAAAAGCUAUGCAAAAUAUUGGCCAUUUUCACACAUCUUUAACAUUGUGCAAAACUCAUGGAACAAGGGCGUCUUCAUGGCAUAAUUUCUGCAGCAUUGCGGCAUGAAAACGGAAUCAUGAUGAGGUGACGUCAGAAAUCACACCACGAAGAUGCCCUCAUUUUGUGAGUUUUGCAAAAUGUUAAAGAUGUGUGAAAACGGCCAUUAAGUAACGCCAAACGCUGUAUGUUUUAAACUCUGUAUAGUCACAUUACAAAUUCCCUAAAACAAUAGUUUCGGAGUAACUAUUGUUCUAGGUUAAAGCAGAAUUUGGUCUCUGCCAAUUUUUAACUUUUUAGAGGUGUUUGAGUGAUUUUUUUGACCACACAAUUUAUAAGUUUUUUAAAAAAUCAAAAAAGCCUUUUUAUUAUGAAGUGUAUAAAUUUCUCAUAUCAAGUUUCAAUAACAAUUCUGGUGCCUGAUAGUACAAGCCUAAGCAAAACUGCAUCCUUCUAAGUCUGUUAAAGUAAACCAACUUAAAAGGGUGUAACUCUUAGGACUGCUCUCUACGACUGUUAUCCAUCAAGCACUGCUACCAACUCACCUAUCAUUUCUGAGGCCUGCACAGAAAAGUAGCACGUUUGGUGGACGACGUCUUUUUCCAUUCCACCUGUUUGUGCAUGUGGUUGGACUACUUACACUAAAAAGACAGAAUUUUGAAACACUACUGUUUUCAUGACAACGUAAGUGGCUUGUAAAGAAGAGCAAAUACCUAGGCAGUGUUAAAUAUAAUUUCAAGUCACAUCACUGGUAUAUAUCUAUUCCAUCUUAUACACUGACUGUUACUAACACCUAAUGUUAAGUCAAGGCUAGAAAUUACCUGUGGAUAUUUGUAUAAAAGUGUGAAAUAAAUUUUGUAUGAAGAACG